GAUGAGAUUGUGGAGGAAAUUCGUAAACAAGGAAAUACUGACGAAGAAAAUAUGGCACAAGUGAAAGAUAUUGUGUCCUCUGUGUCCGAAUGUGUAAAAGAUACAACACCACCACAUCUAGAAGGAAUAAAGCAAAAGUUAUGCAAGAUCUGCAAAGCAGUGCAAAAUAAGAGCAAGAACAGAAUAACACCUCGCCUGACUCAGAUGGUGAGCUGGUGCAUUCUGGUUCUUUCUAAAUCAAGUCGGCUGGUUCAGGUUGGAACAGGAGAAGGAAAGUCGUGCAUCGUGGCAAUGUUUGCAGCAUAUCAGGCUAUGAUGGGAAACACCCCUGAUAUCAUCUCCAGUUCUUCUGUACUUGCCGAACGAGACGCUAAAGAAUGGUUCAGUUCUCCUGUACUUGCUGAAAGAGAUGCUAAAGAAUGGUUUGACUUUUACAAGGAACUAAAUAUCACUGUUGACAUCAACAGCAACAAAACCAAACACAAAGAGCUGAAGAAGUGCUAUGAAUGUCAGGUGGUCUACGGUACGACUCAGAGUUCUGCAGGUGAUUUUCUGAGACAGCGCUUCCACAGAAACGAUGUGAGACCUAACAGAGAGUUUCAGUGUGUUAUAGUGGAUGAGGUGGACUCGCUAAUGCUGGACAAAGGUCUUGAAGUGGUCUACCUGAAUAGUAAUAUGCCUCUCAUGGAACCAUUAAAUGGAUUACUGGCUGAAAUUUGGUUUGUCAUCAACCAGCUGAAGUGUUUAGACUCUGGAGAGAUUUUAGGGCACAUUCAGCUCUUCUCUGAGGUUCUGUCUGAAAUCAUGCAUGAAAACAAAAACAUUGAUCAUCUCAGUAUUGUGCAGACAGCUGUGGACGCAGGAAUUAUACCUAUGAAAUCUUCAAGGCAAAACACAACAAAUGUUUUAAAACAACUAGAUAAUGCAAGUGUUGUGCAAAUGGUGGCUUUUUUAACCAUGUUCGUGGGGAAUUACACUGAGUAUUUCUUCAAAUUAUACCAGGAAAAAUCUGAUGGGAAACUGAAUGAAAUCAGUCCUGCAGGUACAAAUAAGAAACAAGAAAUAUCAGUUCUUCUUCUGGGAAAUGGAAAAUGUCGUGUUAUGCACUUUGAGAAGGACUCAGUAGUUACAUCAGUGGGGAAAAGGAUUAAAAUGUCUGAAUCAGUAAAGGUACAAAGUGAAUCUAAUAUCCCAGAGCUUCAAGACCUCAUUAAUGACAAGGCACAAACUUGGAUUGAAAAUGCUCUGGAAGCCAGCAAAAUGACUCUGGGCAAUGAAUAUGUUCUUCAUGGAGAUGGAGUCGCUCCUGUUGACUACAAAUGCACUGGUGUUGUACAAAACAACAUGAAAUGGGGGGAAGGACUUCAGCAGUUCCUGGAGAUGAAACACCAAACUAAACUUUCUAACAUGAGUCUAAUAACAAACUUCAUGUCUAAUGUAGGUUUAUUCAAGAAAUAUGCAAAUCAUGUCUAUGGGAUCACAGGAACUUUGGGUGACCAAACAGAGCUUGACAUGCUGAGGAAGCUCUACAAUGGCAUUGAGAUGUGUAAGAUUCCCUCAUUUAGACAAAGAAAACUUUAUGAGUUGGAGGGUUUGGUGAUAGCUGAAGAAGAUGAGUGGAUCAGGACCGUCUGUAAUGUUGUUAAACAUCAAGUGACCUCCACGGUCUAUCGAGGUCCACGAGCAGCUCUUAUCAUCUGUGAAACCAUCAAUCGUGCAGUUAACUUUCGCAAGACUCUUGCAGACACCAUUUCAAAAGACAGACUAAAACUCUAUGUUAAUAACAACAUGGAUAACUCUACAAUAAUAGAUAACAUAGUCCAAGCGGGGGACGUCAUCAUUGCAACUAAUCUUGCAGGUCGAGGAACAGACCUAAAGGUCAUUGAAAGUGUAAAUGAGGCAGGAGGUCUGUUUGUGGUGCAAACCUUCUUACCUCUGAACGUCCGUGUCGAACAGCAAGCAUUUGGACGAACGGCUCGUCAAGGGAGUCCAGGAUCUGCUCAACUCAUCAUGUGCGCCAGUCAUUUCUCUGACACUGUUAAACUAAUGAUGGGUGAAAACACAUCUCUCACCGACUUACUCAGCCAUCUGAAUAGUUUAAUACAGAAAUCACACAGUCUCAAAGAGAUUCUAUUUGAGGAAACUGUUAAUUACUACUUGGAAAAUCACAGCUCUCAGACUCAUGAUGCAAUGGUUUCUGCUCUGAUAGACCUCCUAACAAUAAAUUCAUUCCCAUCACAGGAAAGCAAUCUGGAAAAGGCAAAAGACGCCAGAAAUAUUCUGGUGAACAUCAGACUCUCUGGGUUUCUUGAAAAAGACAUUCCAGCAAUCAUGAAUAAGGAAGUUUUUUCUGUUUACCUUGAUGUUUUGGAUGGUGUUUAUGAAGAUGAUGUUUUUUCAGACCAGCGUGAUGUAAUCGUGUCCUCUUUUCAUGAGUGCUGGGGUUUGUGGCUCCUGAUGAACCUCAGUGAGGAAAAAAACACUGAGAUGAUGAAGGAACAGCUGAAGGUGGAUUUGUUGAGUGCAAAGCAGAAACUUUUCAAUAAACAAUCCCCAUCCUCCAUGGUAUAUUAUUACAUCAGGUCUGGGAACAAUCUCCGUGAAAAGGGACGUCUUACUGAAAGCAUUGAGAUGUACACAAAAGCUCUGAAGGAUGGCACAUCUGGGGAGAUUAUUCCUCUCUAUAAUCGUGCACUGGCCACUAUUAUGAAGAAAGACAUUGGUCAUAUCACUCAAGCACUGGCUGAUCUGGAAAAGGCUAACAAGGCAAUCGUUUCAUAUAGGUCAUAUCUGGCAUGGAUUCUGACUCGGAUUAAAUUAUCAAGUCGUGAGCCAGAAACAGAAGGCGAUACUUUGCUCACAAAGCAGUUUCAAAUUAAGUUUAUGAUUGUAGAUCUACUCAAGAUGAACAUUCAGGAUGCUGUAAUGAAGUUGAAGAGAGCUGAAAGCAUAGGAGGAGAUGUGAGCCUGACUGAAAAACACCCACUUUUUCUGGUUGCGCACAUUAUGCUUAGAUAUCCUGGACUUCUGAAUAAUCUUAUGAUGGAGUUUAUACAUACCAUGUCAUUGGGUCUUCAUGAAGUUUUUUCUUUAGACACCAUGUUUUCUGCCAGUGGCCUUUUGUCAAAAGUAUUAAAAUAUGUGAAUUAUAACAAAUUUCUCAAAGAUCCCUAA